AUGCAAAGAGAGAGACGACGCCACUCAGCCCCAAAACUUCUGCAGUACCGAAAGCAAUCAGCAGCAGCAGCAGCAGCAGCAGCAGCAGCAGAUGUAGAUGCAGCAGCAGCAGCAGCAGGAGAAGCAGAAGCAGAAGCAGCAGCAGCAGCAGCAGCAGCAGCAGAAGCAGCAGCAGAAGCAACAGGAACAGCAGCAGGAGUUGCAGCAGUAGGAGGAGGGAAUGAUAAGAGGGGUGAGAGCAGCAGCAACAGCAGCAGCAGCAGCAGCAGCAGCAGCAGAUGCAGCAGCAGCAGAAACAGCAGCAGCAGCAGCAGGAAGAGCAGCAACAGCAGCAGAAGCAACAGCAAGACCAGUAAGAUGGUUAAGGAGACAGUUGAGGAGACAGAAAAGGAGACAGAUGAGGAGACAGAAAGGAGACAGAAAGGAGACAGAAAGGAGACAGGUAAGGAGACAGAACGGAGACAGAAAGGAGACAGAAAGCAGACAGUAUAA